CCGGUACCGGUUUGAUUAUAUUUGGUUAUCUAUUUAUCUUUUUAACUGUUACCGCGCGAUUGGUUUGUGUUAACUAACUUUUUAUAUUCCCUAUGUAAUAAUAAUAACUGUCGAUGAAAUUAAGACAGCAAAGCGUCAAAAUCCAAAAUUCCUUUUUCACACUCGCCGGAGUUUCAACUCUUUUACGAAGACUCUGAUCGACGGAUCUGCGUGUUUUGAUGGCGAGUCACGCGGCGGCGUUGAAGGUUGGGCUAGCUUUGCUGGGGAUGAGCAUGGUGGGUUAUAUACUUGGUCCGCCUCUCUACUGGCAUCUCACUGAAGCUUUGGCUGCCGUUACCCACUCCUCCUCCGCUGUUGUUUCGGCUUCCUCUUGUCCUCUAUGCGCCUGUGAUUGCUCUUCUCAGCCUCUUCUCACGAUUCCCGAAGGGCUCAAUAAUGCUUCUUUUGUCGAUUGUACAAAGCAUGAUCCAGAAGUGAACGAAGACACAGAGAAGAACUAUGCUGAACUUCUAACAGAGGAACUGAAGCUGCGUGAAGCAGAAUCUUUAGAGAAACAUAAACGAGCGGACAUGGGGCUGUUAGAGGCCAAGAAGGUAACUUCGUCAUACCAAAAGGAAGCAGAUAAGUGCAACUCGGGUAUGGAAACAUGCGAAGAAGCUCGAGAAAAAGCGGAGCUAGCACUCGCCGAGCAGAAGAAGCUAACAUCUAAGUGGGAAGAGAGAGCUCGUCAAAAAGGAUGGAGAGAUGGAGCUACCAAGUCUAAUACUAAAACCAAAAGCAAUGUUCAAGCUGCUGCUUAGGUAAUUCCAGAAUCACUUGUGUAACUGUGUAUUAGAUUCCAACUAUUAUUAUACUUGGGUUACAAGAGUAUGAACUUAGCAUCAGAUGCGGAAUAUGCAGAAUUCUUCUCAACAUAGCUUCGCAUAGUUAACUUCCUUCACACGACAUAUAGGCUUUUUAUUUACCUUAAUUUUGUAAUAGUUCAUAUUCAUAAUCAUCAUAUUCAGUGUUUGUAUGACCUAAAGCGUGACUGGCAUGGCGUUCAUAUUUCCACGUUGUCG